AUGAGCGGUGCGGGCGAGCCCGACGAGUUGGAGAGCGUGUACGAGGUGCACGGGGCGGUGGUGAGCGAGGCGGCGCCGGACAGCGUGCGGCACGACGCGCUCGUGCUGGUGACGCUGCCUGGCGCCGCGUUGCCGCCGCUGCUCGCCCCUACCGUAGCAGCCGCACAAGAGCUCGACCACGCGCUGCUCACGGAGGUGUCAUUAGUACAGUGCCCUUUGGUGGCGGGCAAUCGUUUGAUAAUCUCACCAACCGGUCCGCUAACUCCGUACGAUGACGUGAGGAGCGUGUACGAGGCGGGUCGUGCGGGCGUGCGGCGGGCUGUAGCGGCGGGCGCGCGGCGGCCGGUGCUGGCACUGCAGGCGCUGCGGCCGGCCGACCUCGGCCUCGAAGUGGAUGGUGACUGGUCGCGCAGUGAACUGGUCGCGCUGCUCGCCGCGCUAGAAGCGCUCUACAUACCGCUAGAGGUGCGUGAGUCGUACCCGGAGCGGCUGCCGCGGCUGACAGCGCUGGGCGUUUGGGCGGCCGCGCUGCCCGCAGCGCUGCAGCCACUGCUGCGCACCGCCGUCGCACUCGAGCGCGGCAGGGCUCUGGCGCGUGACAUCGGCGGCGCGGACCCGGAGCGCAUGUCGCCGCCCAACGUGGCCAAGCACGUGCGCGACGCGUUCGCGGAUAGCUGCGUGCGCGUGCGCGUGCUGGACGAGCCGGACGAGUUGCGGCGCCGCUAUCCGCUGCUGGCCGCCGUCGCGCGCGCCGCACACACCGUGCCGCGGCACCGUGGUUGUGUGAUAUUUCUAGAUUACGAGCCUGAAUCUUAUGACGAGACUAUAAUGCUGGUGGGAAAGGGCGUGACGUACGACACGGGCGGCUGCGACGUGAAGACGGGCGGCGCGAUGGCCGGCAUGUCGCGCGACAAGUGCGGCGCCGCCGCCAUCGCCGGCUUCCUCAAGGCAUGUGAGCUACUACAGCCGCGCUUACGUGUGCGCGCGGCGCUGGGCGUGGUGCGCAACUCGCUGGGCGCGGACGCGUACGUGGCGGACGAGCUGCUGCGCUCGCGCGCCGGCCUGCCCGUGCGCGUUGGCAACACCGACGCAGAGGGACGCCUCGUCAUGGCGGACCUGCUGGCCGAGAUGGCGGAGCAGGCGGCGGCGGUGCAGGCGGCGGGCGCGCGUGCGCACGUGUUGACGGUGGCCACGCUGACCGGGCACGCGGUGCGCGCGGCCGGCGAGGGCUACGGCAUCGCGGUGGACAACGCGGCGGCGCGGCGCGCGCGCACGGCCGAGGCGCUGGCGGCGGCGGCCGGCGCGCUGGCCGAGCCGCUCGAGGUGUCGCGGCUGCGGCGCGAGGACUUCGCCGCGCACCGCGGCCAGGCGCCCGGGGACGCGCUGCUGCAGGCAGCGCCGCUGCCGUCGACGCAAGUGAAUCGCGGGCAUCAGACACCGGCCGCGUUCCUAGCGAUGGUGAGUGGGCUAGCGGGUGGGGCGGGGAUGGGGGUAGGCGGCGGGGCGGCGGGCGUGCCGUACACGCACCUGGACGUGGCCGCGUCGGCCGGCAGCGCGCCCGCGCCGCCCACUGCCGCGCCGCUGCUCGCGCUCGCGGCCUCCUGCGGCCUGCUCGACCCCUGCUGA